AUGAAUAUCUUCGAGAGGUUAUCAUCUUCAGGAUAUCGAGACAUCCGUCGAGAUCACGACGUUUUGCUGGAAGAGGAAGAAGAGGAGGACGAAGAGCAACGUAACGUCGAGAGAGAAGAACUAGACGGUGAAGGUGAGGGAAUAUUGGAGGAAGACGACAGGGAUCUGGAUGAAGAAAUAGAGGAGUAUCGAGAGGAACGGAAUCAACGUUAUCAUCGAAGAGGACAACCGAUGUCGUCAUCAGUGGAUUACCGUAGCCGUAAUUUCGGAUCGAAUGAAUUUCGCAGAUUCGACGAAACGUCGACCCGAGACGGUGUUCGAAUACGACACCAAGGCGAUACAACGAUCCUCACCGAACAUCGCGAUCCAUAUUCAUUCUACUGGCAGCUUGAUCAGACGCGUAAACCACAAGAAGACAUUCAUAAGUUUGUUCCUUUCCACUCGUCAUUAACAUUCUGUUGA